AGUCAGUGGAUUUAGUAUAUAAAAGUACUUAUACCACAACGCUGUUGAAUGCUCAAUUUUGAUUGGUCAGAAAUGGUUGAUUAAUUUUUACAACAGCAAUUCUCACAGUUGUUCUGGCUUUAAGACAAAUCACAGGUUUAUAUUAAUACACUCGUUCUAAUACAUUAUUAUUUCUGUAGUAACAUGUUACAAAGGGACUUGUACGGCAGAUAUUCCACAUAAUCUAAAGCUAAUAACAAAUGGAUUUAAAAAAAUGUGUUGUUCUUUAAUUAAAUAUGGUGAAGCUGCCUGUAAGGCGACGUUUAUUUGACAUUUAUGGAAGGAGUCUUUAGUUUCAGCAUUUUGUAAGGAUCAGUAAGUUUUUCCACCAUGUGAAAGUCUUCAGGUCAGAGGUUUCUGCUUUCCAGUUUCUUUGUAACAUAACAAGCUGAGUUUUUCUUGAAGAGAGAGAAAAUAAAGAUGUUUGUGAAGGAACAACAGUUUAUAGUUGCUAUAAAGUAAGUGAUAACAGGAACUAAUUUUUCUCGUGCAUGUCUUAUGUUAUGGAAAAAGUAUGACUGAUAAUAACUGAUAAAAAAAAUGUAAAUGUUGGCAAAUUUCUGUGGUGUAAGAUAAAUAAAACACUCCUGGAUGAGGUCUUAUAGGAAAAUAGUCAGCUUUGGGGUGGUAACAAGGCAUUACAGCUCCUUAUCUUUGAUUAGUUUCCUACAACAGCACGUUUUAUUCCUUUCAUAUAGUCUUUAUGGACUGAGGUCCAUGAAGAAGAGGCAGGUCUAUGCUAAAAAUUACACUACAGUACGUUUUUAAGAGGAAAAAAGCCAGAGAUUAAGCCAAUUCAGUGCCUAGAGUCCUUUUUAAAUUCGUCUUGAUCAGUUUCUUUUUUUUAAAAAUAUGUUUUUUAGUGAACUGUUUUGCUGUUUGAGGUGUAGCAAAGGAACAUUUAAUCCCUAAACUACGACAUAGUAAACAAUACAAGUCAGCCAGCAGGUCGAUAGUAUUAUAUCUCUGUAGCUCAAUCCCAAACGGCUCCCUUUGCAGCCUAGUGCACUUCAAAGGGUGUCAAAGCCAUUAGGUCGUACCCUAUAUAGUGCACCUACAUAGAUAAUGAAGAAUAUAUUUGGGAUACAACUCCAGGCCCCACCCCGGGCUAAGUUCUCACGUGGACGGCCAACAAGGACGCAGCCUGAAGCAUAACAAUGACGUCGGCGCUGUUUAUCGACUACAGAGUGGUUAGCUAACUAGUAGAAAGCUCUUGAGUCGAAAACUGGGACAAUGUAAGCGUUUAAACUGGGUUAAAGCCACAGUUUUGGGACCAAACUUCAAGCUAUCCACACUUUUUCAGUGUUUCAGAGAAUGGAAGCUUAUCAGAGUGGUAAUGAAGAUGCCAUGAUGGAAAGUGCAGAAGCUGCUGAAGCUCUGAUGAACAUCGAUUCGUCCACUCCUCUUGCACUAGAUGAGAAGCAGAUCCGUAAGUGUUGGCAUUGUACAGAGGGUCUGACUCUCAGCUUGUUUCUGUUCAAGUUAUACACAGUGUUACAGGUGUGAUGGCAAGAAGAAGAAAGAAGAUAUUGGAAAAUAUGUUACAGCUCAUCAGAUCAGGCCAGUGGUGGAGGUGGAGGUGGAGGUUGAAUUGGUACUUCCCUAGAAAGGGUUUGAAAUCUUCACAAUAUGAUAGUCUAAUCUAAACAUAGUACAGUUUCACGGCAUCAUGGUAUUAAUUGACCAUAUAAAAAAAAAAAAAAACAAGUGGUGAAAAUUUAUCACAAAAUCUUUGUACAAAUGUCUCAAAAAGUCUGUAUACAUUAUAUGGGCAAAAGUUUGUGGAUGCUUGAUUAUCACACUCAUACCUGAAUCAGAAUCGCCUUUAAGUACCGUGGGUUUACAUGUACAAGAAAUUUGUCUUGGUUUACUGGUGCUUAGUAUAACAGUAAAAUACAAGAAAUAAAAAGAAUAUUAAUAAGGUAAACAACUGUGAGGAUAAAUAUUGCAAUAUAAAAAUUUUAGGAAAAUAAAAUAAAAAUAGAGACAUUAACUGUACAUUAGUGCAGGAUGUGCAAAAGUGGGCCAGUGCAAAUGCUCACAGUUUGAAGUAAGAGGGUGCAGUAUAGCAGUCUGAGUUGUGUGUGUUAAUGUAACACACAUGAAACAGUAAAGUGGGGUUUUUUUGUUUUUUUUUGUUAAUGUAAUGUGUAAUGUCCAUGGAGGCGGAUAAGAGACCAUGGUGGAUUAUUAUAAUAGCAAAGGGGAAUUAAUCUGGAACGAGAUGUUCAAAAAGCCCUUAUGGGUGUGAUGGUCAGGUGUCCACAAACUUUUGACCAUAUGGUGUGUAUAAAAAAAACCUAACAGGAAAAAAAUUAAAACCCCUCUUCUCUUCUUAUUUUUUUGUGAAAUCUCUUACAUCUCUUACAGUAAAAUCUCUUACAUUGGCUACAUUUACAUGCACAUCAAAUUCCAUUUAAGGUGUAUAUUCGGGUUGCAGACGUAUUUCAAGUACGAUGUUUAUAUGCGUACAAGCAUCAGAAUAUUCUUGUAUACGUGAUUGUUGUAAGUAUGCUUGAGUAGCCAUUUCUAAAUACCUAGCCUACAGCUAAAUAUGUAGAUAUGUAAAUAUGCCAUUCCUAAAUACCUAGCCUGCAGCUAGCCUACAGCUAAAUAUGCAUCUGUUAGUACCCACAAUUCCUUGCGGAAUGAGCAUACUCUUAUAUCUCCUUUCAGUGGAUUUUCUGAAUAAGGUUUUUCAUGCAACACAUUUCCGAUUAAAACAGGCGUAUUCCAGGGAUGGGAAUCGGAAUUUGGGGAAUCUGAAUAUUGUCUUAAUCUGAAUCGGGCAAUCAGAUUGCUGGCGUUUACAUGACUGAAUGCUAAAUAGAAUAUUGCCAAAUUCUGAUUAAUAUCGGAAUAUUGAUAUGCACGUUAAAUGUAGUCAGUAGAUAGUUUCAUUUAGUUCUGGUCAGCAAUGAUGUGUUCGUCCAUGUGUUUGAUAGCCAUCAUGUAUGAUAAAGUUACGAACAUGUGAGGAAUGGCAGCAGAAGUAGCACUGUAAUGUUUACAUCAGUAGCGAAUUAGACAGCUAAGGGGUUUUCAGUGCAGUCUGCCUCGCCCGCGCUGAGAAGCUUGCUGAUAUAUGAUUUGGAAGGAGUCAGGAUGGUGGAUGUUAUGAAAUCCGACCUACAUUUUUUGGGAAAUCGCAGCCAGACACAAAAGGGAUGAGAAUCGUUAGAGGAAGGAACUUGAUAAAGACGGUAAAAAAUGAAGGGGUAGAUGAUAAUAGAUAGAAAUACGUGUUAAACAGUAUUGUGAAAAAGUCAGCGUUGAGGUACCCGUCUGAUCAUACACCAUGACUAACUGUGAAACCAUAGUCUUUCCUUUUUGUUUCCCUGAAUGUUCAGCUUGUCGUCUUUCUGAAAACCGUGACAUUUUUAAACGCUUGCGUGUCAAAAUUACUGCAUUACCAUUCAGUCCCAACAUCAUUCUUUACUUUUCUUUUUUUUUCCCUCCAAUCACAUAGCUCAAAUGUUUUUUUUGACGUCGUCUCUGGUAGAAGGUAACCAGUUUUUAACGGAUGGUGUUGUCGGACAGCAACAGUGGAUCCAUCUUCAAAAAGGAUCUCUACCAGAAGACAAACCAAAGGCUAAAAAGGGUAGAAGGCCCAAACGAGCAAGGGCACAUUCUCCAAUGCCUGACAUAACUAUUAAGAAGAGCAAGGACAGCAAAGGAAAUACGUUGUACCUUUGGGAGUUUUUGAUUGCUUUGCUGCAGGACAAGAACGCUUGUCCCAGAUACAUCAAGUGGACCAACUGGGAAAAGGGCAUAUUCAAGCUUGUGGACUCCAAGGCUGUGUCACAGUUAUGGGGCAAACACAAAAACAAACCGGACAUGAACUAUGAAACAAUGGGAAGAGCACUUAGAUACUACUAUCAGCGUGGUAUCCUGAAUAAAGUCGAGGGUCAGAGACUGGUGUAUCAGUUUGCAGAGAUGCCAAAAAACAUUGUCUACAUAGGUGAUGACAGUGAUGGCCCUGGUGGCAAUAAUAUCAACAUUUCACAUGAGGAUGAUGAUCACUCCAGUGAGGCAUCCAUCAAUGAACUAACAUCCUUAAACUUCACCACUCCCUCCCAAUCAAAAUUGUUCACUUCUAAAACACCUUCUAUGAGUAACAAAGUCCGUAGGGCUGUGAAUGGAGGCCAACGUAAGCCAGUUAACAACCCCACUGAGGUUACAGGAGCCACCAAACAAGCUCGUUCGUUAGGUCUCAUCCAGCAACAACAUCUACCCAUUGUUUCUGCGGAGAUGAUUAAAACUCUUCAGAAUGUCCACUCCAUCCAGCCAGGCCAGCACGGGUCGGUUUUCCGCACGGCUCAGCUAUUAGAAAGUCUUCGUGACAAGCAAGAGCCCACUGAGGUCAAGCAGGAGCAGCUGGACGUUCAGCCAGAGGGCCAGGCACCUCAGAUCGUCACGCUUCAACUGGUACCUGUAUCUUCCACUGAGGAAGGAAUGGAUGGAUCUAUAACGUCUCCUCAGUUCAUCAUGCAAGCUAUUCCGGAGACCAUCCCAGAGGAGGUAACCCUCGUAGUACAGAAUGUCACCUUGGACAAGGCUUCUUCUGAUCCUUGCCAAGAAGUUGACAAGGAAAAGAGCGAAGAAGCCAUCGUCUGUAAUUCUGCGUCAAGUAGUGCCUCAGUAGUGACAUUUGCUGGAGGGCAACAGUUGGUUUCUCAGCCUUCUGGUACCGUUAUCCAUUCUGUAGUCACUGCAAUGGAACCAAAGAUAUCAGGUCAGAUAAGUGACCCAGACACCAGAGAGGUCUGUGAAGCUCCUGAAAACUCCCAUGAUGUCCCGCAAAGUCCAGACAUGGACAUGGAUAAGAAGAACCUCACGGAAAUAAAGGCGGAGCCAUUAAGUGUGGUCAUCCUUAAUGACUCCUGGGUGGGUUACACUUCCAACGAAACCACAGAGUCGUCAGGCUAAACUCAGGCUAGACUGAAACCUCAUUUUGUCCAAUGCCAUUAAAGCCUUACUCAUCACAUUCCUUUGGGACUUGCACAUGCACUGGAAUUUACAGGCACUCCUUUUUCUUUCUUUGUCUCUUGUUAUUUGUUUGCACCAGCUUUGCCUUGCUAUGCCAUGCAAAGAUUAUUUUUUAGGAGGACCAAUGAUUCUUAUGCAGCUUAUUCUGACCUUAAACCUUAUUUUCCUUACUUAAGUGCCCUAAAUCAUGUACUGCAAUGUUGUUCCUCAGGGUUUUUCUCUGACACAACCAGUAAUGUGUCAGUAAUGUCGCCAUGUAAUGGAAGGCCAACUGCAACCACUUUUUAUCAUUCACAGGAGAGAUAGGAAGGACUUAAUGAUAGCUCAUGGAUGGUGACUUUUUCUUUAGCAAAUCCAUUACUAAAGCAUAAAAUUUAAUACUUCUCAGAUUAAUUAGCGAUACUGUAUGCAUAUCUUCUUGGUAAAGAUGCACGAAUGCAGAGACAUGGUAACUGAUGGUGGUCUUAUGACCAUGGUUAAAUCGGUAUUUUACAAACAUCCUUUGUUCAUAAAUACCCUUAUUCAUACCUGGAUCAAAUGUGUGACUUGGCUAUAAAUAUUAACAAAAGAUGCUGUAUUUUUAUUGACCAAAUAAAUUUUGUUGCUAAAAAGCUAUAUGUUUUAAAAGCUGAUCCUGUGCUGUUGACUGUAUUGCUGUUAAUGUUGUUUGAGAAAUAUAUGUGACCAAAAGGAACUGAAAAUUCAGGUCUUGCAUCAAUGUGACAAUCAUUUCAUGUUACUUUACUCACUAAAUAUGCAUAUUGUGUUCGAAAGAGGUUGCUAAUGAUGCACUGCAGCCUGGUUUGAGAUGAAUCCUUUUGAGAUGGAAAAACCAGUGCUGAUCUAUAAACAUUCCUUACCACAAGAUACAGCAGUUAUACUAUUUGUAUACAUUUUUGGAUCUGCCCAGGGCCUGCCUAACUUGAUACAGGCUCAUGCUAAAAUCACGUUUUAGGUUAAAUAUGGUCCAAAAUGGAAUUUGAAAAUUGUAAUGGGGAAUUUGAAAAUUUGGGGUUCACUAUUUAGAUUUCAAAAACAAAGAACUGGAUCUGGAACUUUCUGAAAGUACAGAUGCAUUUGUCCAUGCGCAUGUGAGAACUUUUACAAGGUACUUAACAUAGUGUAUUUUGUUCCGUCCAAACGUUUGAUUACACUGACUGCAUGUUUAAAAUUGAUGAUCAAAACUCAAAUCACAUAAUGCUGUAGUUUAAAGAAUUUUAGACUUAGCAAGCCAAUAAAUGAACCCAAUGCCUGAAAAGAUGUAUUCCUCUUCCAACAUUACCUACUAAUAUUGAGUCAUCUCACUUUUUGUAUAUGCCAGCUCUUUAACCUAUAAUCUUCCUCUUUUGUUUUUUGUUCUGUUUGUGUUACAUGCUGUAGUACUGAUAACUGAAACGGUUGAAUGUGACUCCCAGUUUUUUUAUUGCAUUUUUUAUUGGAAAAGCCUGUACAAUGCUCAUGGAUAUGAAAGCCAUAAUGUUGAUGUCUCUAAUUAAAUAUCAUUGAAAAUGGCUACCAUUUUCCUUAAUAUUUCAUAGAACUAUUUUGCUUUCAGUAGGAAGUUUGUUUUUUUAAAAAAUAUGAAUUUCUUGAUGACAUCAUUAAACAAACCUCAAGUACA